CACAAAGGAAGGAAGAAAGGGAAAAUGGGUUCCAUUCCUCACGUUGUAGAAAAUUGCAUGGGCUUCCUCCAACUCUUGAGCGACGGGACCGUCCUCCGGGCAAAAAACAUAGACUCCCACAUGCCGCCAAUCGUUGAGGACACAUCUGUUAUCUUCAAGGACGUUGUGUUCGACGAAAACCAUGAUCUACACCUCCGCCUCUACAAGCCAACAUUGCCACCUCCGUUCCCUAGCAAGCUUCCCAUCAUCAUUUUCAUUCAUGGUGGUGGUUUUUGCUUCGGCUCCCGCGAUUCGCCUUAUUGCCACAACUGCUGUUUGCGCCUCGCCUCUGGCCUCAAGGCGGUGGUUGUCGCGCCAGACUAUAGAUUGGCACCGGAGCACAGGCUACCAGCCGCCAUGGAGGAUGCGGUUAGUGCUAUGAAGUGGUUGCAGGCUCAAGCUUUGAGCAGAAACAUCGUGGAUACGUGGCUCGACGGUGGUGAGGUCGACUUCGAGAAGGUUUUUGUGCUAGGCGACUCGUCGGGAGGCAAUAUGGCGCACCAUUUGGCCGUACAGUUUGGGGCUGGUUCACCGGAAUUGAGGCCGGUCUGGGUACGAGGUUAUGUGUUAAUGGCGCCGUUUUUUGGUGGAGUGGUUAGGACAAAGUCAGAGGAGGGGCCUAGUGAGGUUACUCUGAACCUGGAGACACUCGACAGUAGGUUUUGGAGAUUAUCAAUGCCGAUUGGAGAAACUAGAGACCACCCACUAGCCAACCCUUUUGGCCCUUUGAGUCCUAGCCUCAAACCCUUGACCCUUGACCCAAUCCUGGUCAUUGCGGGGGCCAAGGAGCUGCUCAAGGAUAGGGCUGAGGACUAUGCCAAAAGACUUAAACAGAUGGGAAAGAUGAUUGAAUUUGUUGUUGUCCAAACAAGAUACGUGUAUAGAUUCGGAUCGACGAAGAUGAUAUAAUAAUGUGAUGUGUAUUCGGGUUGCACAUCACUACAAGAACGGAAUUGGACACCAUAAAGCAAGUCAUCCAUGAUAAAAAGAAUAAUGAUAAAAUGGAUGAAUUUUA